UGCACGUUCUGUGGAGAUGUGAAUCCUGGCCCUGGAGUAACUAUAACACUCGAGUACGAUCCAACAACUUGAAUCGGCCAGAAUCUCAUCACUGAUGUUCUCACAUGCGAUCGUUUGUUGAGAUGGACAAGUGGUUCGUACACCAGCCGUCCUACACAAGGAGUUACAGUAAACUGCCGACAAGUUGCCAGUGGUUAAUAUAG